AUGGGUCUCAAAGAACACUUUGCAAGCUACCUUUGGACACCAAUAUCUAGAACUCUUGAUUUGGAACUUCCAAGAUAUGAGCCAGUUCUGGCAAGCCAGCUGCAGAUUGAGGAAGUACUGCCUCUUAUGAUUCAAGCUGAACCCCCCAUGACUCCUGUAUCAAUUGCUUAUCCAGCCCCACUCAGCAGUCAGCUUUCCUCCCCCCCACCCUCAAGCAUUGCUCCAUCAUCACCUGGCAGCCCUGAGGACACUCCCAACACCACUAUGGCUCCAGAGAGAACCACAGGGAGGGGUCCACAGACUGCAAAGAUUGCUCGCAUAAAGUUUUCACCUUAUCCCAAGCUGGACAUUGGGGAGGCUUUGGAGCUCUGCUUUGGGAGGAAGUCUCUGAGAGGGGGAGCAGGAGUUAUUCACCCAAAUGAUGCUAGAGAUGGGAAAUUCCUUUUUUGCAACAGUAUCAAGGACCUUCUAGACAUGGUGAUAAAAGAGGCAGUCUUGAUGAAACAUGCAGCCUGGGAGCUCAGGGAAGCUGAGCACUACAGCAAUUUUAUGAAAUAUAUCUAUCAAGCCAACUGUAAGAAGUAUGGGAAGUAUCUGGGGGAUGGACAAGGUGAUGUGGAUCUGGAUCAUGCAGUGGAAAUAGACAAUGCAGAGAACUUCCUAGCCUUUGGCUGUGAGGUGUACAACAAGGAUAUUAUGAUGUUUCAGACUAUGAACACCUGGCUUGAUCAACUUGAAGAGGAAGUGCAAUGCUGUGUUCACGACUUGUCAAGCAAAUUUGAUGGCUCAUUGGAUUGCAAUGCCAGUGACAGAUAUGUGGAGUCAGGUGUAAAUGACAGCAAGGAUGGCCUUAUGGGUCCAGUAGAUAGCACAUAA